CAGCUGAGCCAAUCAGCUUUGCGCUGCGCCGCUCCGCCCCGCCCCGGGGCCGGGAAGGAGCUAAUAAGAGAAUGUUUUGCUCCCACGCGCAGUGGACUCUGGCAUGGGAUUGGCUGUUCAGAAUAUUUCCGGCUGUGAAAGAUGGACUUCUCAGCGAUUGCUGUUGGAGAUGUGCAAAAUGUGCUUUCUGCUAUGCAGAAGAACUUGGAGUGCCCAAUAUGCUUGGAGGUGAUGAAAGAGCCGGUCUCAACAAAAUGCGAUCACAUAUUCUGCAGGUUCUGCAUGUUCAAACUCCUCAGCAGAAAGAAGAAAGGUGUGACAGAGUGUCCACUGUGUAAGACUGAAGUUACCAAAAGAAGUCUGAGAGAAAAUUCCAGAUUUAAGCAGCUAAUUGAAGGAUUGUUGGAAACUAUCCAUGCGUUUGAGCUUGACACUGGAGUAAAAUUUUUAAACAGUCGUCACUUUCCUAAACCAUCCACAGAAGCCACUGCUGCUGAGUUCCCAUGCAAAGAGGGUUCUGUCAUCCAAAGUAAGGGCUUCAGGAACAGGAAAAGUACUAAAGAAAAUGGACAAGAAAACUGCACCUUGCAGGAAGCUAAUGUGGAUACACAGCUUACAGAUAGUAGGGUCAAAAGGAGGUCCCUAAGAAACAAACCCCAGAAGUGUGGCUCUCAAAAAGGGAUUUACAUAGAGUUUGGCUCCGAUUCAUCUGAAGAAGUUUUUAAAGAGUCAAGCAAUACUGGCUUAAAAGACAAAGAGGCACUUCAGAUUUCAGCUCAAGAGAAGUUAGAAGAACUUCAGAGUGCUGAGAUGGAGAAUGAAUAUUCUCCCAAUACACAGCGUGACAAGCUGGCUGCUGAAGAAGUAAUUCUACCAAAUGUCAUAGGUGAAAGUAAUUCCUCAAAGGAAGUCUUGAGCAAGAAAAGCACUCAGAACAUCACUGAAUGCGCCCAAGCUGGCCAAGUGACUAUGACUGAAUACCAGAGUUCUCCUUUCAGUGUUCUUCCUGGAGACCUCCUCACGGAGCAGUGUGACACAAUAGGUAAUGCCAGUCCCUUAAGGAGUGGGGACACAUCUUUCUUUAAGAACACAGAAGAAAUGGAUGCAGAGCAAACUCAGUACGACAGUAAAAGCAAAGAGUUUGACUUAAAAGAUAGCUCAGCGAGCAGGUUGGAUAAAAGCAAGGAAAUAGAUGUUGCACAAAGUGUGGAAGCUGUGGGAAUGGAUGAACCUGAGAAUGAUUCUUCCCAUGAGAAAGAACUUCCUCUGGAGAAACUGCUUCAGCCAGAGCCGCCUCACUGUGCUGCCCUGAAUCCAGUUUCCAAGAAGAGACUGAAGAGAAGCAUUCAGAAAGUCAAUGAAUGGUUUUCAAAAAGCAACGAGAUUCUCUCUUCCAGUUCUUCCCAGGGUGAUUCUACUGGAGCAGCUGACAUUUCAGGGGACAGAGAUGCAUGUUUCUCAGAUAAAGAUUCCUGUAUUUCAGAGAAGACUGACCCUAUGGUGGAUUGUGUGGAAAUUGCAGUGGUGGAAGGAAAUGAGAGAUCAUCAAAACAAACAGCAGAUAGCAUCAAAGAUAAAAUAUUUGGGAAAACGUACAGGAGAGAGAGGAAAUCAAAUCCCUCUGUUAUCUUCAGAGACAUUUUACCUCCUGCAAAAAAGGAAGAUGUGGCUGCUGAUAAAUUAUUGGAUCAUUCAGGGAAAGACAGACUAAAGCGAAAAAGGAGGAUUCCCCGUGUCCUGCAGCCUGAGGAUUUCAUCAGGAAAAAAGAUGAAGAGGCAAAUGUGUCCCCUCAAAGUGUUAACUGGUGCCUUGGAGAUGCUGAAAAGAAAAGAUGUGAUGAAAGUUCUGCUGUUCAUGAGGGUCAGCUCUCUGAGAAUCGGGAGGAUAAUACACUGGCAGAACUUGAGGAACCAGGGGGAUCUGUAUGGAAAACAGCUACUGAAAAGGUGCCUGGCAAGCACAGUGCUGGGGAGCUAAAACUGAGUGACUGUGAUCAGAAAAGCACCAAGAAAAGUUCUGCAGCAAAAAGAUGCAGGCAUUCUACUAGAUCUGUGUGUGCCCUACAGUUAGUAGUGGAUAGAAACUCUGAUUCUGCUGACCCGGCUGAGCCACAGAUCGAUAGCUACCCAAGCAGUGAAGAACCCAGGAAAGCUGAUUCUGAGCAACGACAAGUCAGGCGCAGCAGGAGGCUGCAGUUACUUUCUGAAGAAAUGACAAAAGAGACAGGAAAAGGAGUUGAAAUGAAGGAAGCAAGAAAGUAUGACAGUGAUCAUGAAGGGGCUAACUUUAGAGUCCAAGCAAAUGCAUUAGUUCACACUUCUGCUUGCAAAGACCGGGAUGAGCCCUGGGGUAUGUCGAGUUCCAAAUCACUUACUAAUCUGAAGGGUGGUGAUCUGGAAGCAAAUGAAAUACAGAUUAGUCUAAAGAAUUCAUCUAAUACUGCAGAAAGUGCUAAAGCUGUCUUCAGUCCUGCAUCUUCCUGUCAGCAUUCAACUUGUAGUUCCUUUGUGCCUGAUACAGGUUCUCAAGAAGGUGAAGUUCAAGGUAGCCCUCUUCUACAGUUUCCUUCAACAGCUGUUGUGCAGACUGCUUCCCACCCGACUGAAGAGAUGACUGAAUCAUGUACUGGACGUGAUACGCCAAAUGUUCCAGGGGACUUGAGAGCUGAAAGGUUGCCAAUGGCUGAAAAUGGUUUGGAAUUGACCAAGGAUGCUGAAGGGAGUGAGUUGGACGUAUCAUUUGUGCAAAAUAUAUUCAGGCAUUCAAAACGCCUGUCAUUCAGCCUUCAUUCCAUCCCCAAGAAGGUGUGUGCAGUAGAAGAUACUGCUUCUGAAACUUCUAAGACACCAUGCACUGAGCAGGUAGAAAAUAAGCAGAGCAGCUAUUUAAAACCAGGAAACCUAAAAGGAGAGGAAACAACUGCUGGAAGCUUGAGUCGGGUUUGUGAGGAAGAGAAAGAUGUUUCACAGGUUGCAAAUCAAGGGACUCUGACACCGAUAAGGAUGGGCACUGCUGGCACUGAAGUCAAAAGCAGAUUGCAAGGAGGGCAAGGGAAGGAAGAGACAUUGUCAACUGGCACAGGAAUAAAAAGGAAGUUGAGACAGAAUCCAAUUAAAAGUAAUGUAAGGCAAAGUGAUCAGGCUGAUACGAGAACUGAUAAAAACACAGACAGAGAAACAUGCUUCAAUUCAGAGAACAGUCAAGCAGGAAAGGCCAAAGUUGCUGAUGACAAAGGACCAAUAGAACCUUUUCACUCUGGCUCAAUGAUUUGUCCUGCACCUUGUCAGCAAAGGGCUGCUGAAUUCAGCUGUGAAGUCACUGGGGAAAAAAGUAGCAAAAGAGAAAGCAAACCAGUAAAGGAGAAUGAAGAAGGAGCAAGCCAGGCUGCUAGCACAGGGAUGCCAAAGUUUUCACUUACAGAAGCUUCAGAAGAAUCUUGUAAAAGGAAUAGUGAUUUUACAUGUUUGUCUGAAACGCCUGAUGGCUUACUGUGCUCUGAUGAUGAGAUUGGAGAGAACAUCAGCUUUUCUGCAGCUCAUGGGAGAGAGAGAUCUGCUGUGUUUGCAAAAGGAGGUGACAAUGCUCUGGAGCAAGAACUACACAAUAGAAGUGGUAGUUCUAAGUCAGGAUCUCAACGUAUUCAAAGACCUCGAAGAAGAGCACAGAAACUGCAAUCUUCAGAUGAAGAAUCUAGUGAGGAUGAAGAUUUACCAUGUUUUCAGGCACUAAUAUCUGGCAAAUCAGUGAGCACACCUUUGCAAAGCCGUAAACCAGCAACGUCUGUGGUAGAGGUUUCAGCGAGUCCCAUCACGUUGCCUCACCCUGGAAGUCACAAGGACUAUAACAUGCAGAAGAUGCCUGAAGCUGCCGUAAGCAAUGAAUGCGUUUCCCCAAGCCAGGAGUCCGAAUGCUCUGUCAACUUAUUUUCUUCCCAAUCCAACAUGUCUGAAGAAUUAGUUGAAGCAGCACAAGAGCUCAAGAUUCCUUCAGGACAAGCUCAUACAUCUAAACAAGUGACAGAGAGUAAAGAAACUUUCCAAAGUGGUAAUGGAGGGCUGAAGAGAAGCAAACCUAGCUCCAAAGAUGAGCGCCAAGAAGACGCAAGCAUGGCAGCAAACCUAGGUGAAGCAUCUGCAUACGACAGUGAAACAAGUAAUGUAGAGGAUUUGUGUGAACCAUUUUCUCAGGGUGAAAUCCUCACUACACAGCAGAAGAAUAUAAUGCAAAAUAACCUAAAGAAACUUCAGCAAGAAAUGGCUGUACUUGAGGCAGUGCUGAAGCAGCAUGGAAGUCAGGACUGUGAAUUUUUACCUGUCCAUGGGGAACUGUCACAUUCCAGCAGUGAAGGAACGCCUGGAAUGGAACAGAUGAGACAAGGAGGGGCAGAGUCAACCUCAGAAGUCAGUUUUGAAAAUGACAGAGGCAGCAAUUCAAAGGGAUUUUCAGCCAAUGAUUUCCAUGUCUUGCCAAGUGAUUCUCUCAACAGCGAAAUCAAAGAGCAAGGGAAAGAAAGGUCUCCAGAAUUGUUCCUUCCAUCUUCUAAAUGCCAUUUGUUGAAGAGACCAGAUUUGGAGCAAGUUCUUCAGUGUGACAGUGCUCUACAGAACAAAGCUGCUUUGGGAAAGACUAAACCUAUGCAGGAAGUGGUACAGGAGCAUAGUCAGCAUCAGCUUACAUCAGAAAAUGCAGAUGAGCAGAAAUGUGGGACCAGGUCAAGCAGUGCAUCUGUCUUAUCAAAUCUCUCUGGAAAUGUGACCAAGAGUUCAAAUAACUCUUCCUCCUCUGUAAGACUUCUUAACCCUCGAACUGCAGAAGCAACAAAUAGUUCUGUAGUGACUCAGAAAACUAAUAAAAGCUGUGCUCAAGAAAGCAAGUCAAAAAGAAGCGUGUGUUUUCCUCUAUCUGCUCUGCACAAUGCAGCUGGGAAGGAAAAUCUUACAAGUCCAGUUGUGACUAACAGGAAAGCAAUGUCAAUUGUGGCAUCAGGCCUGAGUCAAAGUGAACAUUUGGUGGUCCAGAAGUUUGUGAGAAAAACUCAGAGCACUUUAUCUAAUCAUGUUACUGAAGGAACCACCCACGUCAUAAUGAAAACAGAUAAGGAGCUGGUGUGUGAACGGACACUGAAAUACUUCCUGGGUAUUGCAGCAAGAAAAUGGGUGGUUAGUUAUCAGUGGGUAAUUCAGUCCUUUGAAGAAGGAAGGAUAUUGAAUGAGGAGAACUUUGAAGUUAGAGGAGAUGUAAUCAAUGGGAGAAACCACCAAGGUCCUAAGAGGGCUAGGCAGUCUCUGACUAAAAAGAUCUUUGAAGACUUUGAGAUCUGUUGCUAUGGCCCUUUCACUGAUAUGACUACAGAACAUCUCGAAUGGAUGGUGGAGCUUUGUGGUGCCUCUGUCGUGAAGCAGCUUCAUCUGUUCACACACCCUCCAAAUUCUACUGCUGUCGUGGUUGUGCAGCCAGAUGCUUGGAUGGAAAACACAGAUUAUAGAGCAAUCCAGCAAAAGGACAAGGUUGCCAUGGUGACUCGCGAGUGGGUACUAGACAGUGUUGCUUGCUAUGAGUGCCAGGAGUUUGAUGCUUACCUUGUGUCCUAAGGCUGAGCUGCAUUUCUUCCAGCUCAGAAAUCCUCAUCAGUGCUGAUGGCUUGGUAAUUAUUUAAGGACUGGAAAUUUGAAGUCACUUACGCAGAGAUUAUGUGUAUGUAAUGGUCUUGUUAAGAGUAAGAUAACUACAUUUGUAUUAACAAUAAAGUUACUUGAACAACAUUACCAUAUAAAGAUGGAAUUACCCACUGUUCUUUAAAGAUUAACAUUUCCAAUUUUAAAAUAGUCGUUUAAAUUAAUGGAAAACAGAUUUGAAAAGUUAGAAACUGUAGAAUGUGGCCUCCUCAGAGAAAUGGUCAAGUAUUAUUUACCAUUGCAGUAAAUUCUGGUUUCUUACCUGAGGACAUCUUGGAGACAGUCAUUUAAAAGAGUAAUAUUGAUCUCAGGGCUUGAAUGAAAACAUAUUUCCACUCCCAAGUAACCAUCUUUUCAUUUUGCAUGAACGCCCUGAAUAAGGGUGUAUACUGAUAUGAUGGAAUGCUGUUUUGUGAUUACUGAUGUGUCAGCUGGGUUAAUCUCAGGCCAGGGAUUAUAGUUGUGUUGAAAACUAUACAAACAGCUUCUCUUGUAUAGAGAAGUGACAACUUGCCCUAACCAGGGAAAUUAUCACCAAGUACAGGAAAACAGCACUUGAUUCUCAACAUAAACCAAGCCCUAAAACCACCAGCCUUUACCAGUGUUGUGUCAGUCUUAUUUCUGAGAAGUGUAUGAGGCACCAAUGGAGAGGUAACAAACAGAUGCACUUUAGUAUCCCAGUGACCUAUAAUAAGCCCUUUAAGAAGCUACUUCUUAAUAACCCCUGCCUGCAAAAUGAGGCUGCAAAGAAAAUAAAUUUGCUUUCUUAUGGCUGAAAAUACAUUGCUUGAUUCUGUUGCUAAGCAGUUCCCCUCACAGAUGAUCUUGGACUUCAAAGCAGAAAGAGAACCUGUUUCCAGAAAGUUGUUGUUUAAAGAAAAAUGUAGCUAAGUUCAGAGAACUGUUCAGUGCUGGAAUGCUGCUGGGUUGUCUUGGGAAGUAGAGAAAGCCUGUUGAGAAAUACUGAAUGCUCAAAGGAAAUAAAAUGAGUUUGGAAA